AUGGACGAACGUGCUUUUCUUGGGAUGAAGCGGAGUCAAGGAUUUGAUGUCGCCAUUGACACGGACCGGAGAUCAUCACUACUUGCUGAAAUGGUCCGUUUGAACCGCAUCCUAUUGCAGAUCAAUGAUUUGAACAUCCGUGCAUCCGAAGAAGAGUUAGAUACCGAGGUGAUCAUCAGCAACCUUGAAGAUCUUUCGAAUCAGCUGGACGUGUGGCUUCAGGAACUUCCAGAUCACAUGCGAGAUACGCGGGAGAAUAUGGAGCGGUACGCCGCCCAAGGCCUUGGGCGCAUGUUCGCGGCCAUCUACCUUGGAUACUAUCACUAUGGUCAGAUGUUGUUCUACCGAUUCUUGCAGGACGACUCAAAAGGAUACCUCACACAGACGCGAUACUUCGCAGACAAAUGCAAGCAGCAUGCCAGCAAGUUAUGUGACACAGUCUAUGCUUCUGAUGAGAAACCAGGGUGCGAUGUCAAGUAUAACAUGAUCGGACACGUUCUUGUCGUUUCUUCCACCGUGCAGAUUCAUAGUUUGCUGUUCGAUCCUGAUGAUUCCAAUGUCGCACUCGCGAAGAUGCGUUUGCAGAAGAACUUCAUUUUCCUAACUCGUCUACGGGACCUAUGGCCAACUUUGGAUUUUUGCAUGGAUCGUUUGAUGGCUUUUCAUGAGGCAUGUAGGAAUUCUGCAGAUACUAGUUUCCGUAUGGACCGGUGGAUGGUACGCUUUCUGGUUGAGUUUGCCAGCCCGAUGGGUGACAAGGCAAUAAAUUCUGAUGGGAAAGAUCCGUGGUCCCUUGCGGGCCUGGGAAUCACUCCUCUUUAA